AUGCACCCUAUUUUGCUUAUACUCAUCGUAACUGGUAUACCUCUAGCCGUCUACUUUGGCUUUGAGCUCUAUGACUCUUACACUGAACGUCAACAACAACACCAGGAACAAAAGGAGUAUGAUAGCUAUUUACAAAAGUAUAAUGAAAAAUUAUCUGCUACAUAUCAUUCUUCUGAAGAUGAUGAUAAAGAUGAUAAAAGUGACGACGACGACGAUAAUGAACCUCUAGCCAAUACAGCUUGGAAAAGAGACUUUGGAAACCUUCGUCAAAGACAUAGUCAAUCUUCCAUGUCAAUCCUUAGCCAGUCUUCGGGUGAAAUAUUCGAAAUGAGAAAGAGUAUCAUCGAACGAAAGAAACAGCUAGCAAGAGAUCAAGCCAUGUUGGAUCAAGCAGAACGUGAACUGGAUUUACGUCGGGACUCACUCAAGUACAGAGGGAACAAUAUUCUCGGCAUCCAACCCGAACCCAAAUUUGAAUCCGAAUUCGAGCAUGAACUUGAACUUGAACCUGAACAUGAACAUGAACAUACGGACCAAUUCAAUCAAAAUCAAGAUAGAUUAUUUAUCAGAUCAGCUAGCCGUGAGUCAUGCCAGACCAUUAGACCCAUGCUGUCUCAGUCAGAAGAAAAUCCAUUUGAGGAUCCAGAUUGGCUCUCGAAUACAACACACUCACCUGUCAUUUCCAAUCACACAUUCUCUUUACAACAACAAAGUGCGGUUGAUAUCCCAAUCUCACCUCUCAACAUGCCUGCAUUGGUGAUAUCACCCGCAAUAGACUCCCAAAGCAGUACUCCGUGGUCUAAUGUUAACGACACUACUCUUCAAUUUCCAACCUUGAAUUCCGAUACAGAAGAUAGCUGGGCUGACCUCGAUCGCCUCAAUCGUGAGCACCAAAGGGCGGAGAGCGGUGGAUCAGACCUUACUUUUAAUUCAUUCGAUCACUCUGGAACUCCCUCAUAUGGUGUCAGGAGUGUAUCUUCUGAAGACUACAUACAUUAA